AAAUAGGCUGUUGGACAGUUGGAAAAACUUUCCCUUCACUCUCGCCGGCCCCUACACGCGCAGCAGCGGCGCUAUGGUCUCGGCCAUUCCAUUUCCGGCCACCGCUCCGCUGCCGGAAACCUAGACACGCCGACCGCCUCCAGCCGCUGAACGCCGUCCCGGGCCUCCUCGUCACACGGAAUCGACCGCCAUCAGCCAAGCAUCUCCGGACCUUCAGCCGCCGGAUUUGACCUGACCCUCACCGCUUUCGGCCAAGCAAAUCGCCCGAUGAGUUGCGUCUUCUAAUGGCGGAUCCGGUGUCGGCUGCUGUCGCUGUUGGGUGGGCCAUGAAGGCCGCUGGGUGGGUCGCCUCGCCCAUCAUCUCUGAGCUUUACAAGAAGGCCUCCUCCGUCCUCAACUUGGAUGCUUCGGGGAAGCUCAAGGAACUGGAGCCAAAGAUUUUGCUGCUACAGCGCGUGAUGGAAGUAGUUGAGGAGAGCCCUUACAGGCCUUGUCUGGAGCAGCUGUUCAGCGAUCUGAAGUCUGCUUUCUACGAAGCAGAGGACAUCUUGGAUGAUGUUGAGUAUUACCGUCUCGAGAAACAGAUACAAGAUGACUAUCUCAAGUUAGAGGUGGCCACGCCUCGACGGAACAAGAAUCGUGUGAAGAAGCUCUUGAAGUCUGCCGUGAAAAAGUGCAAUGCCCUGAAAGAUGAGCAGUGUGGCAUGUCAAAAAUCGAGUUGAAGCAGAGCCUAGAAAAAAUAGAAAAGGUCAUAAAUGAUGCAUGUGGAUUUUUUGAACAGAUGAACUUUACAAACAAAAGUAACACUAAUCUGACCAAACCUGCCAACUCACGAGGUGCAGUCACUACGGCGAGGCCUCCAUCUGUGGUCAUCGGACGAGAUAAAGAUUGUGAUAACAUAGUAGCAAUGCUUCAUGAUAAGGAAGAAGGUGCUCAACCAGACACCAAGAGUGUUCAAUGUUAUUCCGUAAUCGGCAUUCAUGGCAUCGGUGGUUCUGGGAAAUCAACCCUUUCACAACUUGUUUGUGCCCGUGAGCAAAAGGAUGGUCAUUUCAACCUUGUUAUGUGGGUUCACGUUUCUCAGGAUUUUAGUGUGGAUACCAUUUUCGGGCAGAUGUCUGAGGCCGCUAGCAGGACCCCGUGCCCUCAGUUCAAUAAUCUUGACACCUUACAAACUAAUUUGGAGAAGGUACUGCAUGGAAAACGGUUCCUCUUGGUACUAGAUGAUGUUUGGUACAAUAAUAGAGAUGUGAGGCAGUAUGAGAAGCUGCAACAGAUACUUUCACCGCUGAACGCUGGAGAAGCAGGAAGCAAGAUCCUGGUGACUAGCCGAACUAAAGAUGCAUUGAUAGCUCUGGGUGCUGCAGAGCAGAGAUGUAUUCCCAUGUCAGUCCUAGGUGAAGAUGUCUUCCUGAAAUUGUUCAAGCACUAUGCAUUUCACAACGUGUGCGUUGCUGCUGAUGACCGAAUAAGACUCGAAGACAUCGCAACUCAGAUUGCAAAAAAGCUAAAGGGGUCGCCUCUAGUGGCCAAAAUUGUUGGAGGGCAGCUACGUAUGAGGCCAAACAUUGAUUACUGGAGAAUUUCGCGAGAUGGGAACCACUUGGAUGACACCAUGGGAGCUCUGUGGUGGAGCUACCAACAUCUUGAUGAACAGGUCAGACAAUGCUUCGCUUACUGCAGUAUUUUUCCUCGGAGACGUCAGUUGGAACAACAUGAGUUAGUUAAGCUUUGGGCUGCAGAAGGGUUUGCUAGAAGUAGCGAUGAAGGGAAGGAUUCAGAAGAUGUUUGCCAGGGAUACUUUGAUGUACUAGUGUCAGCCUCAUUUCUGCAACAUGGAGUAGGGAAGUACUCCAGUAAAACGGACACUUAUAUAGUUCAUGAUCUGUUGCUUGAUUUAGCGGAUAAGGUCGCUGGAAGUGAUUGUUUCAGAACUGAGAAUCGGUGGAAAAGGUCAGGAGAUAGCUGGACAAUGGAAGGAUGUGAAGAUGAAGUUCCCCCAGACAUCCGCCAUGUUUUUGUUCAGACCUAUGGUUCAGAAUUGAUCAAUGAGAAAAUAUGUAAAUUGGACAACCUGCGCACUCUCAUCAUUGACAGUGCAGAAGGGAGAACACCAGUUGAGGAGAAAGUCCUCAAGAGUCUGUUUGUGAGGCUAAGGAAGUUGCGGGUGCUUACCGUAGCUAGUGAUCAAGGUAUGUUGUCAGUCCCAGAAUCUAUUGGUCAGCUAAGGCAUCUACGGUAUCUUGCUUUUAUGACCAGAUAUGGUUCAGACAGCAGGCUGGUUUUACCAGGCACUUUGACCAAGCUUUACCACAUGCAGGUUCUAGAUUUUGGUAACAUUAGCGAUUUGGUGUUUGGCUCGUGUGAAGAUAUGUUUAGUCUCAUCAACUUGCGACAUAUAAUCCGAGUGCCGUUUCGGGAAAUUCGAAGCAUUGGCAGGCUGACAUUACUUCGAACGCUGGAAACAUUUGAAGUAAGAGAGGAACAAGGGUGCGAGUUAAAGCAACUCAGCGACCUAAACCAGCUUUGUGGCAAACGGACUAUCUUGGGCCUCCAAAAUGUUGAAAGCCAGCAGGAAGCUCUUGAAGCCAACCUAGCCGAUAAAGAAGGGCUCAGAACAUUGGAACUGUGGUGGAAUUAUGAUGAGAGAGCAGAGUUAAAAGAAAAGGAAGUUCAGACAGAGGUACUAGAGGGUCUAUGCCCACCGAAGCUUCUCGAAUCACUGACCAUAUACUGCUACGAUGGUUUGAGAUACCCAAGUUGGAUGAUGGGUAGGCACAAUGGUGGCCCAAAGUAUCUGAGCACACUCAGCCUGCACUGUUGCAGCACAGAACUUGGCCCAGAACUUGGUGGGUUUUGCCCUCACCUCCGUUCACUCUAUAUCUUCGGUUGCAGCUGGGACACCUUGCCAGACAAAAUGGAGCACCUGACGUCACUGAAGGUCCUGGGCCUCGAUCGCUGCCGGAAUAUUCGGUCGCUUCCAAUGCUGCCGCAGUCUCUUGAGUGCUUCAGACUCAGUCGCUCCAAUGAGAUGUUGACGAGUUCGUGCAGAACAGUUAGAGAUCCCAAUUGGGAAAAGCUUCAGCACGUUCCUGAAGUAUAUGUUGAAGGUAAAUCAAGUCACUCGCACAAUAAUAUAUCAUUUGGUGUGUGUUGCAUAGCAUCACCAUAUAUAUCUUCCAUGUCAAGAGUUGUUAGAUCGUUUCUUAAUCAGUUUGCUAAACUGGCAAACACCAGGCUACCGGCUGGAAACGAGAGCCUGAUAUACUUCACCAUCAGAGCCUGAGAUCCCCUGAAGGCCUAAAACGUGAAGUCGCGUGAUCCUCAAACCUUCCUACCAAUAUACUCCCUCCGUUCGUUUAGAUACAUCCAUUUCUGUGACAAGUAAUUCCGAACGAAGGGAGUACAUCGUCCAUUGUAUGUCACUGAUCUUAUGAGUGAAGCGGUGUUGCCGCGUCAUCGACUGUAGUGAAGCGGUGUUGCCGCGUCAUCGUGGCUACACGCUGCCGAAUUUGAUGAUGUAUGCAAAUGAUGCACACUGGUUUUAUCUUUUUCCCCCUCCCAGUGGGCUUAUAUAUGGUCCUUGAUAACGAGACGCACAUCUAUAUCCUGUAAAAAUGGUAUGAAACCAUUGAACACUGAACUCGCGUGUUUCCAUUGGUUUGUAGUUGUUGAGUAUAUUUGAUUCAUUAGAAACAUAAAAUAGACUAGGAUUUGUCCUGCCUUGUCUUAUA